GCACAAAAGGUUAGGCAUCAGACGUGGAAUUUGAUGUUCUACUCUUCAUCAGGGACAAAAACAACAGGAGUAAGAGAUGCUGACAAAUUGGGCUACAGCUUCAAUAAUACCCUGGCAAGAGUAUUCCUUCGCUCCCCAUACUCUACAAACGAAACUCAAAAUACAGUGGUUAAUGGGGUCACAAUGAGCACAAUCAGCUCCACGUCGCGGUACAGGCAAAGAUGGUUACUUCUGCUGAUUGACACAACUGUAUCAUGCCCAGUUGAUGGCACCAGCUUCACAGAUGCUUUUCUGAUCUGGACUAUGCCAAUGAUUAACCCUAGACUGGUACUUCAAGAAUCCACCUUCAGAUCCCUUCAAGUAACAAUGGGUAUUAAUGGGCAAAAGAUAGAGAACCCGGAGAAGUUCAACUACACUUUGGAACAUAACAUUACACAUAUUGUAGUAACUAUCCCAAUUGGAGCCCCUAGAGGCAGACUUCAGAGCACAGUAUCUAACGACGUCUAUGGAGUGACUUAUAGUAUUGAUCUAUUGAUGGAACAUUCUUGGACAGAUAGUGAUUGGCAGCUCACCAAGUACCUUGUGAUUAAACCAACUACUAUACCCUUCCUGCCUCGAAUACCAGUAGUAAUCAAUAGUACUAAACCCUUAGAACUCAUUGUUCCUUUCAAUAGUAUCAAAUUGCUAAUGUCUCUUCAUUAA